GUUAGUGUCUAUUUAUAGGUUAUCAACAUUGACACACAAAAAAGUCACAUGGCUUGACGGAGACAAUAAUAGGACAGUUAUUGCCUUUAUCAUAUUUUGUAAACCAUUCAGCUAAGAGCAAGCAAAUAUGGCAGCAAAUAAUGGCUUACGUUACAAAGACAAAGUGACAAUUGUGACUGGCGGUUCAAAAGGAAUUGGGUUAGGAGUAGUGCAGGUUUUUGUCAAAAAUGGAGCCAAAGUUGUAUUUUGUGCCAGAAGAGAGGCAGAAGGUAAAGAGGUUGAAGCAGAGAUGAAUAAAUUAGGUCUUGGUGAAGCACUGUUUAUACCAUGUGAUGUAUCGAACGAAGAAGAAAUAAAGAAUUUAAUUGAGAAGACAGUAGCCAAAUAUGGUAGAAUUGAUUGCCUUGUCAAUAAUGCAGGUUAUCAUCCUCCUCACAUGCCAAUAGAUGACUUUAGUUCAGCAGAUUUUAGAGAAUUAUUAAAUGUUAAUCUUGUUAGUUACUUUAUAGCAUCAAAAUAUGCCUUACCAUAUCUUAGAAAGGUUGAAGGUAAUAUAAUCAAUAUGUCUAGCUUGGUUGGUCAGAUUGGUCAGUUUGGAGCAGUUACUUAUGUUGCCACAAAGGGUGGAAUAAGUGCUAUGACAAGAGCUUUAUCAAUAGAUGAAGCUAAAUAUAAUGUUCGAGUUAAUUCAGUGUCUCCAGGAAAUGUUUGGACUCCCAUGUGGGAUUCUGGUGCUCAAGCCACACCAAAUCCUGAGAAAACCAUUGAAAAUGGCGCCAAUAGUCAGUUAAUGGGACGGUAUGGCACUCUGGAAGAGAGUGGUACAGCUUGUCUAUUUUUAGCAGCAGAUGCUACUUUUUGUACUGGUAUUGACCUAAAUCUUUCUGGUGGAGCAGAACUCAACUAUGGCAUCAAAACAAUGCGAGGGGAAAAGGAACUACCAUUUUAAUAAUAGGGUUCAAUCUCUCAGAUAUUGAUCAGUAUUUUAAACUAAAUAAUGCGUGAAGUCUUUAAUGACAUUGUUUUCUUAAUUGCUGAGGACAAAGAUUGAAGCAAAUUUUAGGAGCACAAAGGUUACUUUUUAAUAGAAAUUGUUAGGGUAAAUGUUAUUUGUUAUUUUUGAUUUGAAUCCAAGUGAUAAUGUAAAUUAUUAGAUACUGUAUGAUGGUGUGUAUGCAUGCUCUAUGUUUUGUCUAUAUUUGAGCUUUGGAUCAGGCAACUUAUAUACAGCAAGUAUACAAGUAUUGUUUGUUAAAGUCUUCCUUUUAAUAAUAUUAUAAAGUUUAUAUUAUAUAUUUUGAAUAUACAGAUAUUUUUAUGCAACAGAAUUUUGGAAUGAUAAUAUUUAUAAAGUCAUGCAUCUAAAACACAGAAUACCUUAAACUGUAAUUCGGGUAUCAUUUACUCUUGAUUUAAAAUCACCAAAAUUCAUCUAAUUUGUUUUUGUGUCCAGUUUAAAGCUGACCAUUCAAUUUUGAUAACGAGUGUCCAAUUUACAAGCGUUUAAUUUCUCGAUCACUAUUAAAAAAAUAAACAACCCAAUUGAUUAUUGAUGUAUAAUGAUUAAUUUUUGAACAGUAGUCAGGAAAUUAAAUACUUAUAAAUUGAACACUCAUUAUCAAAAUUAAUCAGUCAGUUAGCUGGACACAAGUACAAAUUAGAUGAAUUUUGGUGAUUUUAAAUGAUUUUUACGAAUUUUUAAACAAAGAUUUGAUAUUAAACGAAUGUGAAAGAAAUUAGUGCUAGAUACACAAGAUUAAAUGAUACACUGGUUACAGUAUUAUGGAUUAUAGCAAAGCCUGGAAAUAAGGUACAAAUUCAGACUCUUUCAUGCACUAAUUUUCUAGUGCCUGCCAUUUUGCCAGUCACAGAUUUUUCUAUUUUAUAUAAUUGUUUUUAUAUAGUUAAUACUUGUUGGGCAGUAAAGUAAAAACAGUAAAGUACCACUUUUGCAAUGAUUAUUUCCAGGUCUGAUUAGAGCAUUGUGUUUUGAAUGAAGUUCAUUGUCUUUUGUUAGUUUAAAGGUGACAAGUCGCUAACUCAAUGAUAUAUCAUCCACAGUCUUGAACAUUGCAAACACAACUUCUUUGUCAAUUUAAAUCAACAUUGAUGUUGUUAGCUUACCAUGAAAAGAUGGGCUUCUGAUAUCCAAUAUUUAAGACAAAAGCCAAACCAUUCAGUUUGGACUCUUCGAAUAUUUCGCUGAACAUAACUGAUUAGAAAUUACAGUAAAAACAGAAACGAUUGAAUGUAAUCAGUUUAUAUACAUUCAUAUUACAUUAUUCUAUGCAUUCUGACCUAUUUGUGUCCCAUUUCUAGUUGCUAUAGAAUCGCAAUUUAGCACCUUUAAACUGACUUUAAUAUUGUUUUGUCUUGUUUAACACACAGGCUUUAUAGUCAUCAUCAAAAAUUAUGUAAAUAACUUUAUUUAUCUGUUUGUAAUUUAUAGGGUGGGUUAGAUGGCCGAAUGGUUAGCACGUGCGCGCUGUAUCAUAAGGCCUGUCAUUGAGUCAACUGGCGUGGUUUCGAAUCCCCGGUUGUACGUGACAAGGAGUAGGGUCGCCUGUUCAACCUCGUUGGUUAUCUCCAGGUCCUCCUGUUUCCUCCCAUUGCUAAAGACCCCUACACGCAAGCGUAUUAUUGAAAUAAAAUUAAACCACAUGUUAGUCCCGAAAUGACUUAGUUUGUGUCGAGUGGACAUAAAACCCCAUUUCUCUCUCUCUCUCCUUGAAUUAUAAUAUAGCUUCAAUUUUAUAAUAUUAACUUUGUUAAUCAUUGUUGUGUGUGUGUGUGUUUUGGCUGUUAAUUUUUAAAAUUAAAUUCGUAUAUUUUUUAAUUUGCAUGAAUCUUUAUUUAUAUCUAUGUAUUUUAUCUAGUCAAUUUUGAGCAAAUUAUUUAGGAAUCAUAUUUAUUAUACUGUCCAUUUAAAUUCAAUAUUCACUUAUAAAUUGAUCCUAUAUUGCCAUUAUUUAAAUUAGGCUGUCAACAUUGAUUCUGGUCAUGGUUUUAUUUUGUUACUGGGUUAUGCCCCUUAGUCCAAAAACAUCAAAAAUUUGGGGAUGCUCGAUUGUCAGUCUGGAACGAUCCGAAUUGAGUAGGAUGGAAUUCAGUCCUGUCACAGUUAUGUCAGUCCCGACAACGGAGGCAGUGUGUGUAGAAUCGUGACGUAAUUAAACACAACGAAAUAUGUUUCAGCUAUCAUGGUUGGUUGAGAUAUUAUCUUAUGUAUUUGACGCAUGUGUUGUUGCACGAAAUCCCCCUUUUCACUUGAUUGUCACUUUUUUUUUGGGAUUGAGAAAAUUCCAUUCCAGAACGUUAUGGAGUAUCCCCAUUGUGUAAGGUCAAAUUCCUUGGAUAACUUUGGUCUGUUAUUUAUUGUUGUAAAAAAAAAAAAUUAAUAUUAAAAGAUUUUACUUCGUUUA